UUCGAACACCGGCCUGGACUUUGGUGCGUCGACCUGUCCGGUCUGGCGGCUAGGCUGUCGGAUUCUGAUCCGACUAGCCCCGACCAAUUGUUCCCUGCACAGCUAAGCGGAGAAAGUUUUGGCAAGCCAAGCUCCGCUUCCUCGGGAGGCCGACCUUCAGUCGCCACUCUGUCGUCACUCUCCUCGAUCAUUCAAACAGGCGAUCGUCGCUUCCAGACGGUCUUUGGCUCUGCUUCUGCCCUCUCGGAUGAUCUGGGCUUGGUUUCCAACACUUCUCGGAUGGCAUCUGCGCCGCCUGUCUUCGCGAUAGACAUUCGCUGGUCCGGGCUUCCGCUCGCCUCGCUGGGCCCCUCCGAGAUGGGACUGCAGAUAGACUCCGCUAAAGCGGCUGUUGAGCCUGAAGCCUCCCGAGUCCUCCCGGCCUCCGGGGUGCCCAGCUUUCAGCACGAAGGACGGUCCACUACGUGGGCUUAUCUCUCCACAUACUCGAUUCCGUCUGCGGUCUCUUCGUCUUCCGUCCUGCCUAAGAUCUCCUCGCAGACCCACUUGGCCACAAAUACAAUCGAGACGUCAUCCAAACCCUUGUCUCUAGACCGUUCUGGACCAUCUAACAGUCAAAUCUCUCCGCUUCCCUGUUAUCUGCUCUCAGAGCUUCGAGAACGCGCCCACCUCAAGGCCUGGCAGAUGAACUUUCGCACCAAGAGCCUGGCACACACAGACGUCUCCAAUUCUGUAGAUACAUCCGGCGCUGUCUCCUUCACUGCCCUACCCUCCUCCAAUGUGCCAAAGUCUGCAGCUAAACCGCUUGUGACCACCGAGCUGAAUAAACGGUUUGUCAAGCACUGGCAGACGAGCAGUCACAACAGGCCUAAGCUCAAAAUUCAGAGAAGUGGUGGAUUUACUAACUCUGACAUAACUGAAGAUGAAGUGUAUCACUAUGCUGAUAUUGAUAAUUCGGCAGGAGAUUCAACAGAAGAGGAAAAAGAGGAUCCAGAUUUCAGAAUGCUGGACCAGUCCGGUGAAAAGAUGCGUCAUGUAAGUAAAACUGUUGAUUUUUUGUAA